GCCUUCACCCUCCACCAGACGCCAUGGCUGAGGAGGCGGCGGUGGCGGUGUGCGUGCGAGUGCGGCCGCUCAACCCCAGGGAAGAAGAACUUGGAGAAGCUACCCAAGUUUACUGGAAAACUGGCAAUAAUGUCAUUUAUCAGGUUGAUGGGAGUAAAUCCUUCAAUUUUGAUCGUGUCUUUCACAGUAAUGAAACUACUAAAAAUGUGUAUGAAGAAAUAGCAGUACCUAUCAUCGAUUCUGCUAUCCAAGGCUACAAUGGUACCAUCUUUGCCUAUGGGCAGACUGCUUCAGGGAAAACACACACUAUGAUGGGUUCAGAAGAUUGUUUAGGAGUUAUACCCAGGGCAAUUCAUGACAUUUUCCAGAAAAUGAAAAAGUUUCCUGACAGAGAAUUUCUCCUACGGGUGUCUUACAUGGAGAUAUACAAUGAAACCAUUACAGACUUACUCUGCAACACUGAAAAAAUGAAACCUUUGAUAAUUCGGGAGGACAUCAAUAGGAAUGUAUAUGUUGCUGAUCUCACAGAAGAAGUGGUUUACACAUCAGAAAUGGCUCUGAAAUGGAUCACAAAAGGAGAAAAAAACAGACACUAUGGAACAACAAAAAUGAACCAAAGAAGCAGCCGUUCUCACACCAUCUUCAGGAUGAUUUUAGAAAGUAGAGAGAAAGGUGAGCCUUCUAACUGUGAUGGAUCCAUCAAGGUUUCUCACUUGAAUUUGGUGGAUCUGGCAGGCAGUGAGAGAGCUGCUCAAACAGGAGCUGAAGGAAUGCGACUGAAGGAAGGCUGUAACAUUAAUCGGAGCUUAUUUAUUUUGGGACAAGUGAUCAAGAAACUUAGUGAUGGACAAAUUGGUGGUUACAUAAAUUAUCGAGAUAGCAAAUUAACACGAAUUCUUCAGAACUCCUUGGGAGGAAAUGCGAAGACACGUAUUAUCUGCACAGUUACUCCAGUGUCUUUUGAAGAAACCCUUAGUACUCUCCAAUUUGCCAGCACUGCUAAGUAUAUGAAAAAUACCCCUUAUGUCAAUGAGGUAUCAAAUGAUGAAGCUCUUCUGAAAAGAUACAGGAAAGAAAUCAUGGAUCUUAAAAAACAGUUAGAAGAGGUAAACAUAAGGACUCGAGCCCAGGAAAUGGAAAAAGACCAAUUGGCCCAACUUUUGGAUGAAAAAGACUUGCUACAAAAAGUGCAGGAUAAGAAAAUUGAGAACCUAACACAGAUGCUGGUGACCUCGUCUUCUCACACAUCUCAGCAUGAACUGAGGGCUAAAAAGAAACGAAGAGUUACAUGGUGCUAUGGAAAACUUAGCAAAAUGAAGGACUCAAGCUAUGUAAAUGAAUUUAGUAUGCCAGCAAAUGUAACAACAAGAACACAGACAAAAUCUUUCAGUUUACUGGGAGAAAUUGAUGAGUCUUUCUGCUCUGAGUCUGAUUUCUUCAGUAAUACUCUUGAUCCAUUAAAUGAGACAGAGUGGAAUUCAGCAACGAAGCUGCUAAGUGAGGAGAACUUAGAAAGUGAGUUAAACUCACUCCGUGCAAAAUAUGAUGACUUGAUAUUAGACUAUGAACAACUAAGAAGAGAAAAUGAAGAAAUGAGUUUGAAAUUGAAAGAAAAAAGUGAUUUGGAUGAAUUUGAGGCUCUAGAAAAAACAACUGAAAAAGAUCAAGAGAUGCAACUAAUUCAUGAAAUUUCCAACUUAAAGAAUUUAGUUAAACAUGCAGAAGUAUAUAAUCAAGAUCUUGAGAAUGAACUGAGUUCAAAAAUAGAGCUGCUUAGAGAAAAAGAAGAUCAGAUUAAGAAUCUGCAGAAAUGCUUAGACUCCCAGAAAUCAGAAGACAUAAAAAUGGACUUGUCAUACUCAUCGGAAAGCACUGAGGACCUAAAGCAAAUGAGAAAAACUCUUUGUGAUGCUGAAACUGUAGCCCUGGAUGCCAAGAAAGAGGCAGCCUUUCUUAGGAGUGAGAAUCUGGAACUGAAAGAGAAAAUGAAACAACUUGAAAAUGCUUGCAAGCAAAUGGAAGAUGAUAUUCAUUUAUACCAACGCCAAUUGGAGGCAAAAAAGAAAAUUCAAGUUGAUCUGGAUAAAGAAUUACAAUCUGCUUUUAAUGAAAUAACAAAAUUAACCUCCCUUAUGGAUGGCAAAGUUCCAAGAGAUUUGCUCAAUAGUUCAGAACUAGAAAGAAAGAUUGCAGAUCUCCAGAAAGAAUUAAAGAAAGAAGCUGAAGAAAAUGAAGUUUUACAGAAAGAAGUUAAUUUGCUCUCAGAAUUGAAAUCUUUGCCUUCAGAAAUAGAAAUGCUGAAGAAAGAGAUACAUGAGAAAUCUGAAGAGCUGUAUAUAAUAACUUCAGAAAAGGACAAGUUAUUUUCUGAAGUGGCUCUUAAGGAGAGUACAAUUCAAGGUUUACUUGAAGAAAUUGAGAAAACGAAAGAUGGCCCAGCAACUUCUGAUAAAGAAUUUCAUGACUUUAAAGUCCUUCAUGUGGAAUUGGAGCAAAAAUAUAAAAUGGUCCUUGAGGAGAAUAAAAGAAUGAAUGAGGAAGUGGGAACUCUGUCUAAGGAAGCAGAGAGCCUUGGCUUAAGUUUGGAUGCUUUGAAGACUGAGCUUUCUCAGAAGAACCAAGAGCUUCAGCAAAAAGCAACCAAGGAUCAAGCAAUGUUAAAUGACCUAGAACACCUGAAGGAACAAGUAGAAAAUAGAGAUUUGAGGCUUCAAAAUAUAGAACAGGAGAAUGCACUGAUCACUGAGCAACUUCAGCAAACCUUGGAAGAAGUGAGAACAUUAACUAAAGAAAAAGCAGACCUAAAGUACCUCCAAGAGAGCCUGCAAACAGAACGGGAUCAGCUCAGAAGUGACAUCCAGGACACUGUAAACAUGAAUAUAGAUACUCAAGAACAACUGCGAAACGCUCUAGAGUCUUUGAAACAGCACCAGGAAACAGUUAACCUACUGAAAAUGAAAAUUUCUGAAGAGACUUCCCGAAAUUUACAGAUAGAGAACAGAGAAGAAACUACAAGUGAAUUUCAGCAAAAGAUGGCCAGCAUAGAUAAAGAGGCAAACUUGGGAUCCCAAAGCCCCCAAACACGGAUUGCAGAUAUUAAGGAUGAGGAGGUAAUUGAGCAACAACAAAGUAAAAUACAGUCCUUAAUCCAAGAAAAAAAUGAACUCCAACAAAUGUUGGAAAGAAUUACAGCAGAAAAGGAGCAACUGAAGACGGACCUAAAAGAAAAUAUUGAAAUGACCAUUGAAAACCAGGAAGAAUUAAGAAUGCUUGGAGAGGAACUAAAAAAGCAACAAGAAACAGUGGCACAAGAAAAGAACCAAGUCGUAAAGAAAGAUGAAGAGCUUGCUAGGACCCAUGAGAGAUUGAGGGACAUUGAAGAAAUGCUAGAAGAAAAGAGCCAGCAACUCCAAGAAAAACAGAAUCAACUUCUUACCAUUAAAGAAGAGAUGAGUGAGAUGCUGAAAAAGAUGAAUGAAAUGGAGAAGCUAAAGAAUGAAUUAAAGAAUCAAGAAUUAACUUUGGAACAUAUGGAAAGAGAGAAGCUGGAAUUGGCUCAGAAACUUAAUGAAAAUUAUGAGGAAAUUAAAUAUAUAACCAAAGAAAGAAAUGACCUAAAGGAAUUACAGGGAUCAUUUGAAAUAGAAAGAGACCAGCUUAAAGAAUAUAUAAGAGAAAUCGAAACUACAAGCCUACAAACAAAGGAAGAAUUAAAUAUUGCUCACAUACAUCUAAAAGAGCAUGAAAACACUAUUGAUGCACUACGAAAAAGCAUUUCUGAGAAAGAAGCUCAAAUAGUGAAGACUCAGAACUUGGAAAAGUCAGAUAGUGAUUUACAAGAAAAGGUAUCAGAGCUUCAUGAAGAACAAGAGCUUCUUCGAACUGUGCAAGAAGACGAGACUCAGAAAACGGUGAAUAAACUCGAGCUACUGGAAAAAUACUCCCAAACCACAAAUUCAACACUACUGGAAAGCAGUGAGAUGGAAAUGCUCAAGCUGGCUGAGAAACUUCAAAAAAGUCAGGAAGAGAUACAGUCUCUAACCAAGGAAAGAGAUUACCUUAAACAGAUAAAAGAAACACUUCAAGUUGAAUACAACCAGCUGAAAGAAGACAUCAAAGAAACAUUGGCUAAUAUCCAAGAAGCUCAAGACCAAAAAGAAGAGUCCUUGAAUAUGGAAGAAAAAGAUCAGACUACUAAAAUGAUGAGUGAGAUGGAGCAGUUGAAGGCACAAUUCCAUGCCAAAGCUUCCACACUACUCACAGUAGAAAUGGAAAAGCUCAACUUGUCUGAGAAACUUGAAGAAAGUCACAAGAAAUUGCUGUCACUAGCUAAGGAGAGGGAUGACCUACAGCAACUACAGGAAGUUCUUCGGUCAGAAUGCAGCAAACUCACAGAACACAUAAAAGAAAUCACAGCAAAACACCUGGAAACAGAGGAAGUACUUAAAGUUACUCAAGGUUGCCUGAAAGAACAAGAGGAAAUUGUUGGUUCCCUGAAAAUGAACCUGGCAGACAGGGAAACCGAAAUAUCAAGCAUUCAAAAGGAACUAGAGACAGCCCGUGGCAAGUUACAGGAAAAGAUCCAAGAGCUUUGUGAGAAACAGGAACGACUUAUCUAUGUAAAAGAAAUCAGUGAGACACCAGAAAAACUGAAUGAAGACAAAGGAUUGAAGGAGCUUCUUGGAACCAAAGAUUCAGCCCUCCAAAGUAUAGACAGUGACAGGCUCAAGCUGAAUACGAAACUUGAAGAAAGUCAAAAAGAAAUGAAAGCUCUAACUAAGGAAAGAGAUGAACUGAUAAGGGUUCAGGAGGCCUUACAGGAGGAGAGAGACCAGCUGAAAGAAAACAUGAAAGAUCUGAUCACCAAACUCCAAGAACUUCAGGAAAAAGAACACCAGCAUCUCAUAAUGGAUGCUACUAAUGGAGCUCAGGAAAAGACUUACGAAAUGGAACAUUUGAAAGAGCAACUUGAGGCUCAGAGGUUAAUUCUGGAAAAUACAGAAAUGGAAAACCUAAAGUUGACUGAGAGACUCCAUGAAAACCUGGAAGUAAUGAAAUCUGUAACCAAAGAAAGAGAUGACCUUAGAAACAUGGAAAAGACUCUCAGAGUAGAAAGAGAGCAGCUCCAGGAAGACCUUAAAGAAACCAAAACUAAAGAUCUGGAAAAACAAGAGCAGCUAAGAAUUGCUCAUGUGAAUCUAAAAGAACACCAAGAAACCAUCGAUAAACUCAGAGGAAUUGUUUCUGAAAAGAGAGAUGAAAUAGCAAGUAUGCAAGAAGACUUAGAAAAUGCAAAUGUUGCCCUCAGAGCACAGAUCCUAGAACUUCAAGAGAAAGAACAGCAACUUUUUAAAGUGAAAAAUAAUCUCAGGGAAACUGUUGAUCAAAUGGAACAAUUAAAGAAACAGCUAGAAGCCCAGAAUUCAGCUCUGGAAAGCAUGGAAUCAGAAAAGCUCAGGUUGACUCAGAAACUUCAAGAAAACAUGGAAGAAAUUAGGUUUGUUAAUGAGGAAAAUGGUUGCCUGAGAACUGUGGAGAAAAGCCUCAAAACAGAGAGGGAUCAACUGAGGAACAGCCUUGGGGAAAUAGAGGCCAAGGAGGUAAAGAAGGAAGAGGAGCUGAGAAUUGCACACAGGGAUCUGAAAGAGCACCAAGAAACUAUUGAUAAACUCAAAGUGAUUAUUUCUGAGAAGACAAAGGAAAUAGCAACUAUGAAAAUGGAUUUAGAAAAUUUAUCCGUCAAAUUAAAAGAAAAGACUCAAGAACUUACAGCAAAUGAACAUCAACUUUUUAAGUUAAAAGAAGAUGUCAGAGAAACACAGAAACAAUUCAAGAAUCAAAGCUUAGCUCUGGAUAAAAUGGAAAUGGAAAAUUUAAGUUUGGUUCAGAAACUUCAUGAAAGCCAUGAAGAAUUGAAAUCUGUAAUGAAAGAAAGAGAUGACAUGAGGAGAACAGAGGAGACUCUAAAGCUAGAGAGAGACCAACUCAAGCAAGACCUGCAGAUAGCCAUAACCAGAGAUGUGGAAACACAACAGGAACUGAAAAUUGCUCAUAUGCCUUUGAAAAAACAAGAAACCUUUCAACUCAGUGAGAAAGUUUCAGAAAAUACAACUCACAUUUCAGAUAUUCAGAAGAAUUUAGAUAAAUCCAAAGAUGAACUACAGAAAAAGGAUCAUCAGAAUCACCAAGAGGCAGUAAAAUGUGAAAGGUUAUUAUUAUGUGAUAAAGAACCCCAGCAUACAGAAAGCCUGAGAGAAAAGUGCUUCAAGAUAAAAGAGCUUCUAAAGAGAUACUCAGAGAUGGGUAAUGAUUAUGAGUGCUUGGACAGAUUGUCUCUUGACUUGGAGAAGGAAAUUGAGACCCAAAAGGAGCUUUCAGUCCGAGUAAAAGCAAACCUCUCACGUGCACACCCACAAACCAGAGAGAUUCAAAAACUUCUUUCUGCAAACCAGAGAUGUUCCAUGGAAUUCCACCGAAUCUUAAAGAAACUUAAGUAUGUGUUAAGCCAUGUUGCAAAAGUAAAGGAAGAACAGCAUGAUUCCAUCAAUAGAUUUGAAAUGGAUUAUGUCAAUGAAAUGGAAAAGCAAAGUGAAUUGCAAGAAAAAAUACAGAACCUCCAACUGAAUUCUGACGUGCCAUCCCAAGAAUUAAAGCUCCAAAAAUUAAACCAGAACAUGGAUCAACACAUUGAGGAAAUUCUCAAAGAUUUCUCAGAAAAUGACUUCACCAGCAUGAAGACAGAAUUGCAACAGGUGCUAAGUAACAGGAAAGAAAUGACUCAGUUUUUGGAAGAGUGUUCAAAAACUGCGUUUGAUAUGCAGAAGCUUAAAUGUGGCAUCCAGGAAGAAAACACCAGCAUUUGUCAAGGGAAUAACUUUUAUAAUAACAAGAUAAAUGCCACAAUAAAUGAAUUAUCAGAGUUUGAAGAACGAAGUGCAGCCAGAUGCAAAGAAUGGGAGCAUGACCUGGAAUCAGUGAGAGAGAAAAGUCAAAAACUACUUAACGACUACCAAAUGUUGACAGUCUUCCAGGUGCCUGCAGCCCACGUUACCCCUCCCACCCAAGACAGUGCAAAUCCUCAUGGUACAGCGAGAGCUGUGCAGCUAGCCACAGAGAAAAUUCAGGAGCUGGAAGCUUCCCUCUGUGAAGCUAAAGAAAGUGCUAUCCAGAAGGAAAACAAGAUCAUAAAGAUGCAGAAAGAACUAGAAAUGACCAAUGACAUGAUAGCACAGCUUCAGGCCAGAGUUGAUGAAUCAAACAAAUGCCUUGAAAAACACAAAGAAACAAUCCAUACGCUUCAGGACAAAGUUGCUCUAGGUGCUCAGCCCUAUAAAGAAGAAAUUGAAGAUCUCAAAAUGAGGCUGGUAGAGGUUGACCUUGAGAAAAUGAAAACCACCAAGGAAUUUGAGAAGGAAAUUCAUUCUACCAAAGCCACUGUGGACUAUCAGAAAGAAGUAAUAAGGGUGUUGAGAGAAAACCUUAGGAGAAAUCAACAGGACCAGAAUACUUCAAUGGUAUCAGAACACAGUCACUUUCAGCUCCCAAGUAAACCAUUGACCUGUGGAGGCGGCAGCGGCAUUGUACAAAGCACCAAAGCUCUUAUUUUGAAAAGCGAAUAUAUAAGACUAGAAAAGGAAAUUUCUAAGCUAAAGCAGCAAAAUGAGCAGCUGACAAAGCAAAACAGAGAGCUGUUAAGCAGUAAUCAUCAUCUUUCCAGCGAGGUCAAAACUAGGAAGGAAAUAACCCCCAAGAGAGAGGCUCAGCAAGAAGUACCAUGUGAGAGCUCUUCAGAGUCCCCUAAAGUGAGGGGACCACACUCGAAGAGGAGGCAGAACACGUCAUCUCAUUGCAAGGAGCUGCAAGUGCAAGACACUAUGCCAAAAGACUCACCAAAAUCGUGGUUCUUCGAUAAUCGGUCCAAGUCUUUUCCAGCACCGCAUCCAGUUCGCUAUUUUGAUAACUCCAGCUUAGGCCUUUGCCCAGAAGAACAAACUGCAGGAGCAGAGAAUGUGGACCCUAAGUGGCUCAGACACACCUCUUCAGGGAAAGAUGAGCCUGAAUGCAAAAUCCAGUAGGCCCCGCCCUCGUUCUCCUGCCUCCGGAGCCUGGUGCACCUCCUUGGGAAAGGACUUUCUGUGCCUCCCCAGUACAACUCAAUUUUAGUUGAAUUUUCACUUUGCCUCUCACAGAAAGAUGAAGGAACAAGAUAGUAAUUUAUUUUAGUAAUUUUCAGUGGUGAUAGCAGUGCCUUCUUCAUGUGGUAAUACUUUUAAAAGUUGGACUUUAUAUUUAUUUAUAUGUAUAAUAAAGAAGAAACUUACUGAAGGAAAUUUCCUGUCUUUCCAUGUUGUCAUAAAAUCUAUAUUUUUAUUAAUUUGGAAUUAUCUAUGUAGGAUUUAGAAAUAAUUCUAAAACAUGGCACGUAAGUCAAUAACAUUGACAAAAUUGUAACUACGGUUUUAGUACCUUGAACACUCAAUAAAU